AUGACUGCUAAACAACAAUGGCUGCACUCGCUCUGGAUCGCUAAGGCCAAAGACGGAGAGAAAAUGAUGGAGGCAACGGAGGAGAUAGGAGACGUCAGGGCAGCGUCCAACCCCACCGAGGAGGAGGAGGAGGAAAGCCCUCCACAGGAAACAAAUGGCACCCACACAGACGAGGACAGUCCUGAUCCUUCAGCCGAGGCAGCAGCAGAGCCCCCGGUGGAGACAGACCAAGGCAAAGAGUUCACAGCUACACCCCAGAGAUCCGACGGCGGACCCGUGAUCAUCCAAGCCAGCAGCAAGAACCCGGCCAGCGAGAAGCUGGAGAGGGUCCGCAAGUGGAGCGUCAGCAAAUAUAAGUGCACCCGGCAGGCUCUGGCCGAGCGGCUCGGCCGAGGCUCCCGCACGGUGGACCUGGACCUGGAGCCGCGCCUGGAGCUGCUCAGAGACGACCGGCAGCGCUACGACCACAUGACCAAGCUGGCUCAGACGCUGGCCGGGCAGUUCGCCCAGUUCUCCGUCACCCAGAAGACUCUGGGGGACGCCUUCACCGAGCUCAGCUUCAAGUCCAGGGACCUCCACGUGGAGUUUGGCAUGAACGCCGAGGCUCAGAAGUUUCUGUCGAAGAGCACCGAGGACCUGACGUCGGCCAUCAGCAGCUUCACCUGCGACAUGAACACGCUGGUGAACAAGACCAUCGAGGACACCAUGAUCAACGCCAAGCAGUACGAGGCCGCCAGGAUCGAGUACGACGCCUACCGGGUGGACCUGGAGGAGCUGAACAUGGGGCCACGGGACGCCACCACCCUGCCUAAGCUGGAGCAGGCCCAGAAGACCUUCCAGGGCCAGAGGGAGCGGUACGAGAAGGUCCGGGACGACCUGGCCGUCAAAGUCAAGCUGCUGGAGGAGAACAGGGUGAAGGUCCUCCACAACCAGCUGUGGCUGCUGCACAACGCCGUCGCCGCUCACUGCUUGUCGUGCCACGGUUUCCUGGAGAAAAACAUGCAGCAGGCCCUCGAACACCUCAGCGUCUCCAGUGUGGAGCCCCCCUCCUGGCUGGAGGAGAGUUGACGCUCGGCGGGACCGGCUUGAGUGACUUUAAAAGUGUCUUUGAAAAGCUCGUUCGUCUCUUUGUCUUCUAAAACCUGCGAGGUUAGAAGAAAAGUAAUUUAUUUUGGGUGAUAAAUGGGACAUUUGGGUUCAGAAAUGUCGUUGUUCUACAAUUACAUUUAUUGUUUAAUAAUUUUUGAGUUGUCCGUUGUUUUUUUUUUAAUUAUAUGAAAUGAUUUAACAAACAUAUCGAGGACAAAUGUAAAGGUUUGCCCUCUUUGUUUCCUCGGCUCUGUCUCAAAUCCAACUAAUCCUUCGUGAGGCUCUAAGCUUCUCUUUGAACUCGGGGAAAUCUGCUGCAGUCAGAGAGACGCCUCAACGCCGCCGCUGGAAAACAACCUCAGCGUGGAUCAGGGAUCCGACGAUUAAAACCCGCACCUGGGUUUGUUCCUCGUUUAUUAGAAAACUGAACACUCAGGCAGCUCUGAAGGAAAAUGGGGUUUAAAAGCUGAACCAAAGAUGCAGAGUUUUAAUU